ACCUCUUACCUUUAUUUAUCAUUCCAGGAUUUAUCCUUGAACUGGUACAGUGGUAGUUGCCUUCUGAAACUUUUCUUUUAAGAUUGCAGUUCGUCAUUUGGUAAUAACCAAAAUGAGUUCAGAAGAUGAAAAUAUCCCUGAUGUGGAGACAUGCCAGAAACUAUGUGAAGAAUUUGCUCGCGUAACUAAUACAGAUACAGCAUGUGCUCAGUUCUACCUUCAGGAUCGUGAUUGGAAUCUUCAGCAAUCUUUGAAUGAUUUUUUUGAGGAUCGUCAGAGUCGAGGAAGCGUAAGAUUGCUUGGUGAUGGACCAGAGUCAGAAGUUGUAGUUGUGAUUGAUGACAGUCCUAGAAGUUUGGCAGCAGCUGCUACUGCUGUUAUUACAGAAACUAUCACAGCAAAUAGAGAUUCACCACAAAUAAAGACAGAGGAAGUUGCUGAUAUUUCAACAAAGUUGAAGUUUAUAACUUGGAACAUUGAUGGUCUCAGUGAAUCAAACUUGAAGCUGCGUACAAAAGCAGUUUGUAAAAUAAUUAAAAGAGAAGAAGCUGACAUUAUAUUUUUACAAGAAGUAGUCCCAUUUUCUUGUCACUAUAUUCAGUCCCACAUACCUGAGUACCAGUGUAUCCAAGGGAACUGGAAUGGCUAUUUUACUAUGACCCUUCUGAAGAAAAGCAUGAUCACUGUUGAACAUCACAAUGUUAUUGAAUUCCCUAACUCUAGAAUGGGCAGAAAUUUGUUAAAGAUUGAGGCCAAAAUUAAAGAUAUACCACUGACUCUUUUCAAUGCACAUUUGGAAAGCACAAGUGAAGCUUCAUCUGAGAGAAAGACACAGCUAGAAAUGGCAUUCACGAAAAUUGUUGAUACUCCAAAGGACAGGACUGUUAUAUUUGCUGGAGAUCUUAAUCUUCGAGAUAAAGAGGUUUCUCAACUAGGAGGCCAUCCUGCUUCUGUUCAAGAUUUGUGGAUAACCUGUGGUGAACGGAAAGAAUGCCGGUACACAUGGGACAUGAACCGUAAUGACAAUCUUAAGUGGAUGGGUGCUUCUAAUUACAAACCAAAAUGUCGCUUUGAUCGGGUAUUUUUCAGACAGAGUUCUCUGCAACAGGUGGUGCCAAAGUACUUUGGACUGGUUGGGCUUGAACGAUUGUUACCACAUCGCUGUUUUCCCAGUGACCACUGGGGAGUUCUCUGUCAUUUUGACCUAGAAGGUUGAAUAAAAUGAACUUGAAUUUUUGUUAAAGUUAAAACAGUAGUAACUUUGCAGAAUUCUUUAUGUACUUGUACAGUUGCGAAAGGAUACCAUAAGCAGCUUAUAUUUUAUUGUAAACAUUGUUACAUUAGCCUUUGGUAAAAUAGUAGUGGAAAAAAGUUCUAAUAUAGUGAAGAUUACUAGUUACUUUGAAAUUAUCAGACAUUAAAAUAGAUCUAAGCUUUUAAUUAAUGUAGUAAUACUUCAUUAAAAAGAAUAGAAAAGUUUAUCUAAACCUCUUGUAUAAAUAUAAGAACAACUUUGAGUGAUUCUGAAUUCCUUUGAAGAGUCUAUGACCUACUAAAGUUUUCCUUUUAGAAAUAAUAGAUGAAGGUUUAAGUUUAGUUAUUUUUUUUUAGUUUUUGUGUCACAAAGUGAUGUAUAAAAGUACACUGUAAUUCAGAUGAUAAAUUUGUUAUUACAUUCCUUUGUAAUGAUUAUUUUGGUAAUAAAAUUUAUUUGCAACAGA